AUGAACAACCACCUGCUUCCAUAUCCGUACAAUCUAUCACAGCCCCCAACGUGGCUGGAUCGUGUAUUCCAGCCGCUUUCCGAUGCUUUAUUUAGAGAACCCAAGCACUGCACGCCACAGGAACCAUCGACAACGCCGAUUCCUCUUCAAAAUAACGGGGAUAACCUCCCGCCAAUACGCAUAAUAUGCAUCUCAGACACGCACAGCGCAACCCCUCUUCUUCCUCCCGGCGACAUCCUGAUUCAUGCAGGCGACCUGACUUCCAGUGGCACCUUCGCUGAGAUGCAAGCACAGCUCCGGUGGCUGUCGUCACAGCCGCAUACUUAUAAAAUUGUUAUUGCGGGAAAUCAUGAUAUUCUGCUCGACGAAGCAAGCGACCCGAAGUUUCUUACACGCGGGGGAGAUAGUGUCACCGAGCGGAAAGAAUUGGAUUGGAGCGGCAUUCGGUAUCUGCAAGAUGAAGCAGUCACGUUGGAACUGCCAGUCCCCGGUCUCGGAAAGCAGCAAGUGCGCAGGGUGAAGAUAUACGGAUCUCCACUGACGCCAGAGCUCGGCCUCUGGGCUUUUCAAUAUCCUUCAAUCCGCGACGUGUGGACCGGACGGGUUCCCGAUGACACUGAUAUUCUGGUGGUUCACGGCCCUCCGGCUCUAUAUGGAGACUGUGAUGGCGAGAAAGGGCCGACUGGACAAGUCAAGGUGAAGGGGGAUGGGUAUCUAUUGCGCGAAAUACGCAGGCUGAAGCCCAAAAUGGUUGUCUGCGGCCACAUCCACGGUGCGUUUGGCCUCGCUGUUAUCGAACACGAUGAAACCCAAGACAUUAUGAACGGACUACAGAUGCGAUGGGCAGGUUACAAUUUAUUCGGAGCUCUGAAACAGACUCUGUGGAGCAAGAUAACCUCGAUAAGUAACGUUGAUCGCCGGGAAGAAACUCUUGUCAUCAACGCCGCCGUGGCGCCAGGUGCUGGUAGAGCUGAGGACAAAAGCGCAAUCGCCAUCGAUUUUCACUAA